AUGGUUGGUCUUGGUGUAGUCCUAGAAGAAGCUGAAUCCACGAAAUACAACAACCACCACAAUAAUAACACUCUUCAAGUUAUUAACAAAACUACCAUGAUGCUUUGCACAACCUCAAAUCCUUUUAAGGUUUCAUCUUUUCUUCAGCAAUGUUUCCUAUGUAACAAGAAACUCUUAUCCGAGAAAGAUAUCUACAUGUACAAAGGAGACAAAGCCUUUUGUAGUGUGGAUUGUAGGUGCAAACAGAUUUUAACAGACGAGGAAGAAGCUAUUCAGAAACAGAAAUGUUCUUAG